AUGAUCCUCGCACUCUAUCCAGUCAUCAACGGAAAGAAUAUUCGAGUCCCUUCCGAGCGCAUUCCCGCUGGCAUAUACAUAUCCAUCAAUGUUGACUCCCGGAGAUGCUGGAAAUCAGCCAUCAGCGUUCUAUCAUCUGAUGAAUCUGUAGCGUGGGGGAAUACUGUGACUCUAUCAUCACUUGCCUCACCUGCGUUAUCAAUCGAGAUCAGGGCAUCUUAUGAGCUUGGUCAAAUGCUAGGCGGUGGAGAAGUCAUCGGGAAACUUGAAAUGUCGUGGGAUGAGCUACUUGAUCAUGGAGAUAAGCCAUUUGGCGAAUCUAUCCUUCCCACCUGUGUUGCCGUUGUACAUGACCGCGAAGACCAGGACGGCGCACUUUUUGAUUCCCUCGUACUCUGCGAGGUUGCUCGAGAGACAGAUGCGGGCCACGCACAAUUCUCCGCAUAUGUGACAAGCAAGACAGUUUCUUACCUGAACGAUGCUGUGGAGCAUUUUCAAUUGGCUCUAGAACAGUGUCCAGUCAGCCACCCUGACCACGCAACAGCUCUCACCAACCUUGCAUGGGCCCGCCUCAAAGGUUAUGUUCAAAAUGAUCUUGAAGAUAUUGAUUCUACCACUUCCCUCUUCCGGGACGCCCUUGCAUUGCGUCCGCAAUGCCAUCCCGAUCAUCCCUUAUCUCUAUAUAAUCUCACCGAAGCGCUGACUUGGCGCCACGACAAGAAAGGUGCUGCUGCCGACAUCCGUGAAGCUGCUCACCUCUAUCAUGAGCUACUGCCUCUCUGUCUAGAGGGUACCUACCUUCAUGGCAUGAUAAGAGGGCCAGAUGGUGUCAAUUAUGUACUAGAUGAAUGCAAUGAUCUUCCAACAGACGCAUCUGAUGAAGGCAUUCACCUUCGAAGAGUUGUCCUCGAGCUCUGUCCUCUGGGCCAUCGACUUCGUCCAACAGCGCUCGACGAGCUUGCGCAAGCGGUUGAAGCACGCUUUGACCAGCACGGCAACAUCGAUGACCUUGAGACGAGCAUUCAACUCGGUCGUGAAGCCGUGUCUCUAUGUCCCUCGGGACAUGCCGAUCGCGACUGCUACCUGAGUGACUUGGCCAUGUCACUCAUGUCCCGCUUCGAUUACCAAGGCAGGCCCAAUGACCUCGAUGAGGCCAUUUCUUUGCAUGAAGAAGCGUUGCGCCUGUGCCCUGUUGGGCACGAAUGUCGUGGUGCCUCAUUGGACAAUUUAGGGCUUGCCCUCGCCACUCGUUUCAAAGAACGCGACGACAUUGAUGACAUCACCCGAGCUGUCAGCCUCUAUCGCGAGGCACUGACGUUGCGCCCACCUGGGCAUUCAGAUCGUGACACUACGCUCAACAACCUUGCCCUCGCGCUCAUCAUCAGAUAUGAUGAAUUGGAUGUCAACGAGGAUCUUGAUGAAGCCAUUGAUUUGUAUCGCGAAUCCCUUCGGUUAAUGCGGAUUGACGAUUCAGAGCGCCAUGUAACUCUUCAGAAUUUGAGCUCGGCGCUCUGCUCUCGUUUCACGCAAACUGAGAAGAAUGAAGACGUUGAAGAGGCCAUUGCUCUUUGCCAUGGGUCAUUGAAGGUUUUGCCUUCACUCCAUCCAGACAGACAUUACUCCUAUUUCAGGCUGCGGGAAGCCUAUAUGUCUCGUUACUGCGUGCAGCACGAGCCUGCCGAUCUGGAACUUGCAGUGGAGAACUUUAGACUCGCAUCAAGACAUCCUACUCAAGGAUUUCCGGAACGCAUCAUGGAAGCUAUUGAAUGGGCUCGCGAAGCAGAGGUCUAUCAACAUGAAUCUGCUCUUGAAGCAUACCAAAUGUGCUUUGAGCUUUUCGACAGCCACGUGAUGACGCGAUCAUCUAUUAUCUCACGGCGUGAGGCUGCAACCGCUUUUCGUGAUGCACGAUCACUUCCUGUAGACGCAGCCUCAUGUGCCAUACGUCGUGACAAUCUACGACGGGCAGUCGAGCUCGUGGAGCAGGGACGUGGCCAGCAGUGGUCGCUGGCAUCGCGGCUCAGGACACCGCUCGACGACCUCGAGUCUAGGAAUCCCGAACUAGCUCGCAAGUUACUACAUCUUAGCAAACGCCUGUCCGAUGCUCAGGGUUCUGCAACUAACGCAGACAGAGCUGCUGCUGAUCAGGCAGAAACAGAAUAUAGGAGACUUGCAAGGCAAUGGGAAGCUGCAGUAGCUGAAAUCCGUGAUCUUCAGGAGUUCUCGCGGUUCCUGCUCCCACCUUCAUAUGAAGAUCUGCAAGAGGCGGCGCGCCAGGGCCCGGUCAUCAUCCUCAUUGCGAGUCAAUACUCGUGCAGCGCCAUUAUCGUCCCGACAUCAGGAGAUCCCCAUCACGUUCCCCUGGCGUCUGUCACUCUCUCAGAUCUGACCAAUCUCAAAGAUCGCUUCGCCAGGGCGAUACGACACGCAUCUAUACUGGGCCCAAACGUGCCGCGGAACGAUCUAAUAGUUCUUUUACGAACGGUUUGGGACGAGAUUAUGAUGCCCAUCGUCAAUGUCCUCCAGCAUGAUCUGAAAUUAAAAUUUCACUCUCGGAUCUGGCUGUGCCCGACUGCAGCUUUCACGUCCAUUCCUCUCCACGCAGCUCACCCGUUUCGAACGAACGCAGAUCGUUCUAAAGAGCCAUGUCUGGAGGAUCUCUACAUCUGCUCUUACACGCCGACACUUUCGGCUCUAGUUAGGUCUAGACAGAUGAUGAAGAGACGCGUCACUCCGUCCUUUGCGACAGUCGGACAGGGACAACCGGGUGGAGGGAAAGGGAAGGCGCUCUUGACUGUCGAAAGUGAGCUUGAGCUCGUUCAUAAGCUCGUCCCUGUGACUGCCAGCCGCACCACUAUCUCUGGCGACGCAGCCACACGCGCAGGUGCGCUUGAAGCUUUGCAGCAGAACACCUGGGUACAUCUAGCUUGUCAUGGCAAGCAGGACCCUACACAACCUUAUAAUUCGCAUUUCGUCAUGAGAGACGAAGAUCUGACGCUGCUCGAUAUCAUGGAACGAGAUAUCCCGUACGCCGAGUUCGCGUUCCUAUCAGCGUGUCAUACCGCCGUUGGCGAUGAGAAGACGCCGGACGAAGUGAUUCACCUCGCAGCUGGUCUUCAGUUUUCAGGAUUCAAGAGCGUGAUUGGCACGCUGUGGCAGGUCGACGACGCUGUCGCAAAACAUGUCGUCAAAGCCUUCUAUGAGAAUAUGUUCAAAGAUUUGAAGGACGGUGGCGUCAUGGACUGUACGAAGGCGGCCUGGGCACUGAACCGUGCUACGCACGCCGUGAAGACGAAAGUGCCGCUUGAGCAGAGGAUGGUUUUUAUUCAUAUUGGUGUGUAG